ACGGAUUGGAAAUCGAAAGCUUUGCAUAUGACCGAUCGACGAAAUAUUACAGCAAAAAAAGAAAUAAUGACCAAUCUAGAUGGCUUGAUGGAUAUCAAAGUGAUAACGGUCAACAAAACGCAACCGGAAAAUGUUUGCGGCACCAACAAUGGUGGCUGUUCGCACCUUUGUCUGCGCAAUCCAACGGGCUAUUCUUGCAGAUGUCCUAUCGGCCUCAAACUGAAAGAAGGCAGCACCAAUCAGUGUCAGACCUUGCCAGAUGAGUACCUACUCAUUGCACAACGCUCUGGCAUCGGCAUGAUCUCGCUUAAUAUGCCCGAUUACAUGGACGUGGUAUUGCCCAUAAAUGCUGUACAUGGCGCCGUUGUGCUCGACUACCAUUUCCGCAAGAAGUUGCUUUACUUCGCGGACGUCAAUACAGAUGUAAUUAGACGCGUUGAUCUCACAAAUCUCUCUGACAGCAAGGCUAUUGUAAAUAAAGAACUGUUGACACCGAAUGGCAUUGCAGUCGACUGGAUUGCAGAUAAUCUUUACUGGUCCGACACAGAUCGGAAAGUUAUUGAAGUUGCGCGUUUGGAUGGCAGUUGCCGCAAAGAACUCAUCUCCGAAGAUUUGGGUGAUCCACGCUCGCUGAUCCUGCACCCACGCAAAGGGUAUCUCUUCUGGUCUGACUGGGAUGCACCGGCGCGCAUAGAACGUAGCUUGUUGGACGGCUCUAAUCGCAGCAUUAUUGUAACCGACAAUUUAGGUUUCCCCACCGGACUGACGCUGGACUUUGAUAACCGCCGCCUACUUUGGGCCGAUGCGUUGGAAGACAAUAUUGCCUCGGUCGAUUUCAAUGGCAAGCGCCGCACAAAAAUUGUGGACUAUGCACCGCAUCCAUUUGGUCUGACAAUGUUCGAUAACAGCAUUUACUGGACCGACUGGUAC